AUGAAUCAGGCGAUGCGAGCACAGUACGCGAGCUACGCGAAGCAGCUGUACAAGAUGUUGAUUCAGGCGUCAAGCGCGUCCUACCAAUCGAAUGAGGUGGCGUGCACAUGGGCCGUGAGCAGAAUCCGAUCCGAAUUCCGCAAGCACAAGGAUGAAUCGAAUCCCCAGCGAAUCGAGAACCUCCUGCAGCGCGCCCAUCUCGUGCUGCUGGCCGUGGCCGCCGACGAUGCCUAG